AGACGCCACGCACUCCGCUUCUCUCUACCGGCGACUACACCAACUUCGGGGCCGUAAUGGCGUUGACAUGGGGAGGGGCCGCCGAGCCCUUUAGAGUAGUUUAGGCCUUUAUACAGUAACUAUCAUCGUAGUUAAAGGUUAGAUUUUUUUACCACGGCGCGCAGGGUGUACGGUACGGUGCGAGUGACAUAACCACGGCUACAGCGAAGCAGACGACGACUACGCUCAUAUGAUUUUGACGUAUGGUGAUUUUUGACGUGUACAGUGUACGCCCCUAUAGGGUAAUUCCGUAGUUUGCAAUUUUUUACAACCGUGAAAGUGAAGUGGUUCGACUCUAGUUUUAGUAUCUGUGAUGACGUAUUUAUAUAUUUGACCUUCGUUCGUUUUUUUGGUUAAGUGCUUGUGCGGACAUUCGAUGCAUCAAUGGCAGUCAGGAUGGAAAAUAACAACCAUACCAAAGUGAAUUAUAAAAUGCUGGGGCCAAAUAUGAAUGUGCAGUACGCCGGCGCCGGCAUGAAGGGUCCGAGAGCCACGCCGUACCGCGCAACCGCAGUGACAUGGACUGGCCCCACCACCGCGCCACAACCCGCCCAACUACGCUACACGCAGCCGCAACAUCCCGCCAACGCCUACCCGACCUCAUACAUCCAGAGAGUACCUACAGCAGCUUCUCCAGCCAACACCAACAGCAGCAGCAGCAGCAAUACAGGCAGCCAGAGUGGCACUAUCAGCACUAGUCUCAGCAACUCCAACAACACAUCGGGCCAUCAGCAGGACCGAGACCAGCCUCAGCAGCUGAGCAAGACUAACCUGUACAUCCGCGGACUCACGCAGAACACUACGGACAAGGACUUGGUCAACAUGUGCUUACCAUUCGGACAGAUUAUAUCGACGAAGGCCAUUCUGGACAAAACGACCAAUAAAUGUAGGGGUUAUGGGUUUGUGGACUUUGAGUCGCACGUUUGCGCCGAGGCUGCCGUCAAGGCCCUACAGGCCAAGGGCAUUCAGGCUCAGAUGGCCAAAGUGGGUAUCACGCAACCGCGCGCGUCCGCACCUCAGCAGGAACAAGACCCUACGAACCUCUACAUCGCCAACUUGCCGGCUCACUUCAAGGAGACGGACCUGGACGGUCUGUUGAACAAGUAUGGACAGGUAGUCAGCACUAGGAUACUGCGUGACCCCGACGGCGUCAGUAAAGGUGUCGGUUUUGCCAGGAUGGAGUCCAAGGAGAAGUGUGAGCAGAUCAUCAACCUGUUCAACAACCAGACGCUGCAGGGAUCCAAGGAACCGCUGCUGGUCAAGUUUGCCGAUGGAGGACAGAAGAAACGAAGUCCGUUCCGCAACGAGAACCGCAUGUGGAGAGACGCUACCGAGGCGCUGUGUGCGCAGGGCGGUCAGUUGACUUACGACCCGUCGUGUUUGACCCAGAACGGCGUCGCAGCCCAACACAUGAUCCCUGCGGCCUACAACAGAUACGCCAGUCAACCCCUGUCUACCUACCCUCUCCACAGUCCGGCACACUGGCCCAUGCAGUACGUCAUGCACGCUCCUCCUCAGGUCAGUGAAAAUCACGGUGUGCUGCAGAUGAUGGCUGCCCAGGACCCUAGUGUUCAAUACACCUCCAUGAUUCCUCAAUUGACAACUCAGAUGCACGCACUGCAGCUGACAGCCACGCCUCAGUACCUGGCUAGUGCCACGCCGUACUCGUUCUACCCUGCGCCGUCCAUCAUACACACGGCACCGCUCCCUUUACCCGACAAUGAACACAACUCCAAUACGGCGUCACCCGAGGAGGCGUACACCACUUACCCGCCACCCAAGUAAUCACCCGAAUGAGAACCAAACUAGAAUAGCCUCGGAUGUUCACACAACUGGACUGAGCCUCAUUAACUACAAACAAGAAUGAUUUCAGGAUACUAGUCAUUACUAACAAAAUUAUACUUUAGUGUAGAUUGUUGAAAAUUUCAAAUCGAGCUUGUAUAGUGACAGGUUACGUGUGCCAAGCAGUCUUCGGCUCAAGUAGAUGGAAGCAUGACAAUAAACCAGUGAGAAGCUAGGCGGAUUCCAGGUCGAAUUGUGGUUAACAUUUUUCGAGUAACAUUUUGAAAGUCGCUCGCCCUUUUGCAAAACUUGGCACACUCACUGUAGUUUCACGAGUAAAAACGCGUUCGAUACAUUUCAUAUACAAAUGUACGUAUAUUUUUUAAGAUGGUGCUAAAUUAUACAAGUUAUUUAUACGGAGAUGAUCAAAUUUACCAGGUAAAUUUUCUGUGACUCGUAUGUUUUCCUCGGGAGAGAGUAGUGCAAUAUAUAUCGGACACGCCAUUGUUAUAAAGGUUAUUUUAAAAGUAUAUGUGAAAGAUGAUAAUAUAUUAAUUUAUUUAUAAAUUAUAUUUAUAAAUUUAUUGUUAAAAGUUGAAGCCAUUGCUAGUUGCCAUGGAAGCGCUCAAUGUCGUUCUGUUACAUAGAGGUUGGUUCUAGCGGUUUUGCGGAAUAGACGCUUUUAACUUGUGUUCACCUUCAUUUCCCACCUUUUUCCGUUUCUGAUUCGCAGACAGUAUACAGUAUUCGACUAUACAUAUCACACGAACAUGGAAAUUAUAGGCUAGAUCCUCACUUUCCGACCCCAGCUCGAUCUAGUUGUAUGGUUUUGUAUUCGGCUCUAAUCUGUAAGCAGGUAUUUUGUAUUUUGAAUGUGACGAGUUGUUGAUUUUUGAAAUAUUUAUAAUUUGUUAUAGCUAUUAUUAGUUUUCCUGAUGCCAAAGGAACUGACCUCUAGGCGAAACCUGUCUUUCUUUAAUUUCUACCUUAUUUACCCUCCGACUGUUUAAAAAUAAUAUACUGUGUUAUAUUGAAGUGUAACCUUUUUUAUAGUGAAUCCUUGAAAAAAGUCUUUAGUUGUAGUACAACAAACAAACAAAUUGGCUAUCCGUAUAAGAAACCCUGUACAAUUACUACUUUUCAACUAAAAUUACAGUCUACUCGUAAGUUAGUUUUAGUUUGGUCGAUACUUGUGUACGACGGAGGGUGAAUAAGGCACAAUACCAAAUUUGGUCAUAUCUUAUAUAGGUAGAGUAGCACAGCUGUGUUGAGUUGGUGUCAUUCCGUUUGACAUGGUAUUGUCAUUGUUAUUAUCAUAUUGUUAUACGAAGCGCCGUCGUCCGCCUCACCGCCGCACAGCCUUGUAACUCGUAAUCGUAACUUCCAAUUGUAACUCGUAUUUCCAUAUCUUUUACCCUCGUAUCUUGUAUGUGUGUAGCAUGUCGUCACUUAGUUCAUCGGCCCGAGGUCGCUCCUUAUACUCGCAGUGCAUUUCGGAUUGAAUAUGCAUUUUGUACUCUAUUUGAAAAUUAUAUUGAGGAAACCGUAUUGUUAAUGAUCUGCCAAAAAAAUCAGGUGUAAAACUUCAGCAGUUCCCAGUGUAAACUCAUUGAAACUAAUUACUGGAAAGUACAUAUAAUAUUUUUACCUGUUUUAUUAGAGAAUAGAGGCUGCAAACAUCAACAAAUUUUGUUAUAUUACUAACAAGAAGUAGUAUUCAUGUUGUUUUAUUUAUUUUGACAAGGCGAAGGGGCUUAAGUACAUAUAAUAUGAUAUGUACACCCUUUCUUCUUGUAAGCGACCAUUUCUAAGUUCAUUUAGAGCUCUAUUCUCUAAACUAAUAAUGGAAAGCUACUUGGUUCUUAUCUACGUUAUUGGUAUUUUUAACAGUUUUUUUUAUGAUAUGGUUCAAAUCCUGUUUUUUGUUGCUAUAUAACGUCAACCUUUUUGUCACACAGCAUUAAUUAAUAGCCCAAUGACAAAUGGUAUCUGGUUAUGGGAACAAUUUUGCUUUUAAUCAAUCCAGCGACCUUUGGGUUAGAAAGACGAGCACUAUAAUAACCACAUUGCUUCCCAGACAAUGCAGAUGUCAGUUUAGUUUAUUAACUUAUUAUAAAUUAUAAUAUUAGUAUUAUUAAAGUCAAUGGGAACUGCUGCUUAAACAAAAGUAUAAAAACAAUUAAAACUAUAAAAUAAAUUUUGUUGUUUUUGUUCAUUUUAAAAGAUAAAUAACAAUGUAAAUGUUUAUGAAUAUAGUAUAUUUUCAGUGCUAAAUUAAUUAAGUAAAUAAAUUUAAUAUUUAAAAAUAAAUAUGAAGGACGAGUUAUAAUUAGAUAAGUAUAAUUUCCUGAGAUUGUAGAAAAAUUUGGACACGGAAAUUGCACAACAUUUUUCAAAAUAGAUAAUGUUCUUAUUCUGUUACUAAAUAUUUCUUAAACCCGCUUUUUAAUAAAUAGCACAAUUUAAUACAUAUAACAGUAUUUUCAAACCAUUCUUAACUAUUCCCAAAUUUGUCUACUUCCAUUUAAAAUUUAUGGGAUUAGUAUAAACGAAAAUGCAAACCAUGAAAACCAUGUUUAUAGUCAAUAGUAAAGCAAAAUUAGUUUUCAAUGCAGAUCUAAAAUUGAAAAGUUUAUUGAUUUCCUAAUUCCUACUAAUACUAUCUAUAUCAUAGAGAGUUAUAUUUGUAGCCAUCUGUGUCGUAUACAUGUCAUUAUAUCGAAACUGUUUAUAAAACUGCGUGUAGUGUCAGUAUUUUGAACUUAUCUGUCAAUACAGGGACCAAGCAAGCAGGGGGAAAACUUUCUGCCUUAUCACUGUUACAGCGUGUGUGUCGAAUUGAUUACAUUUUAAUAAAUUUAUACCAUCUCGUCGUGUAGAAUCCAUGUUCCGCUUUCGGUGUCCAUGGAGCGAUCUCGGGCUGAACACCGUCGUCGAUUCAGCUUGCUCUUCCCUCUUAUAUUGCAUCGUAGUUUGGUAGUCGGAUUUGAAAACAUGUUUUUAAAAAUAGUCAAAAAGUGUAUACCAUAUGGCCCUAGUGUACACAAAUAUUACAGUACUUAAGUGUUUCAAUCGCUUAAGUUUAGAUUAACUGGAUACUCUCUUUUAAUAUCACAUGUAAAGAGUUGUUUGUAGUAACUACCUCCACACUUGCACCAAUAGUAAGACAGUUUUCAGUUUCCUAGAGGGGGAGAAGGUUGAAGAGACACAAGAUAGUAGUCUAGAUUAUACAUGUUAUAUAUCGAAGCUUAUAUAGACCGGUGAGUAAGACCCGUAGCAAUCAUGUGUUUUCCGAGAGGAAAAUAGUUCCUGAUUCACGGCUGAUGUUCACUGUAGGUCUUCCGACAGAGGGAUAUAUUUUGUAUGGGAGUUUACAACGUAUUCGUUUCUCGGUGUACAGAAUCAAAAGUGCCAAAAGCCGCGGCGGUGUAGCGGACUGCGACGCGGGAAGAAACUGUUUAUUUUGAUACGAGUGUUGUCAUCUUAGUAACACCUAUUUUUGUAAACGAUGAUUUUUCAGCUGGCCGAUAAUUUUUGUCGGCCAGGGGUAGAAAGGCGACGCCUUUUGUACGUUUACGUUGUACGCCUCUUAUGUUGUCUUUUGACGACCUGAUUUGUGAAUACUUUUGUUUUUAUAUUGUAUAGUGAGGGGAACUCCCCAGACAUCCGCUAGAAGAUGUCUUGUACAAUAAUGUAAAAUAAGUAAGCCUUACAACCGUAAGCCCAGGGCAAGGGAAUUUAAUUAGAUUAGCGGUGGACACUUUUUUAACAAAAGAAUUUCGGUUUUAGACGGUUCUAUUCGAAAACUGCGCUAUUUUCGACAAACAGUGCAGAAGUUUGGGGUUACUUUUUAGUUUUAAGUAGUAUUAAGUAAUUUAAGAUUAAAGAUGAUUUAGAUAAGGACUGUAGUUUAGACGUAGACUAGCGAGUAGACUAGAGAUUUUAGUGUUAAGGACGAGUUUUCGAGCGGGAUUCAGAUCGGACGAGAUUUAUUUUUAAAUAUUAUUUAUUUAUCGAAGAUUUUUAUUCCAUGUUGGAAUAUAUAUACAUAGUAUAAAAUAUAUAUAUAGAUGCCGAAUCCGAAUUGCGCUCGAGACUUGAGUUAUUUCUAGUUUUAAGUAGUGUAGCUUUGUUCGGGGAGUCGGUCGUUCGAUGGAUUGUAAAAAGUGGAUAAAGUGAAACUAUUUUGACUUUUUGUAAGUAAUCGUGUCGUGGUGUCUCGUGGUAGAUUAGUCAGUCGUAUUUUUCGUUCCCUCGUUUUGUAAUAUAAAGUUUAAGGCUAGAACGUUACUAUAGUUCUCUUAGCUAGUGUUGUGAGAGUCAAGUUACGGACGGACGGACGAUGUACUGGUUCCGGCAGAGUUUUUAAAAGGUUUCGUUCUCGGCUCAACCCCUCUCGUAACAGCUUUGAGAUUUAGCAUUUCAAAUUAGCGAACUUAAAAUUAGGGUAGAUUUUAUAUGUAUAAUAUUUUCGGGGUGAGAAGAAAACAGGGACGUAGAGUAGUUUUUUGACAUCUGUUGUUGCAAAUACUUUGCCGUAAUUUUGUACAGCUGUUUACUCGUAGACUGGCCUUCUCAGCGUCGGACGAGGUCAAAUCAAAGUUCUUGUAACAUUUAAAUACCAAAAACUUGUAUUGUUCAUUUAGCGUUUGAACUUGCAGUAUCAGUCUAGUUUAUAUGACCCAACACUAAACGGAGAGGAGAAUCAAACAACCAAACGAUAACGAUACCUUCUCUAAUAACACACAAACUUAAAACAGUAUAUGAAGAGCAGAUAACAUUUUAUGAGGUUAAGAUCCAAGCAAUCAGCAAUGUGUAAAUUUAGAACGAAACCUAUUAGUCGUACAUAUUAUUUGUUGGAACUAUCAGCCUAUCCCACCUGAUACUGUUGGGUCAUGUAAAACAUCGUCUUCCAUAUGCUUUACUCUUGUCAAAUUGUCCAUUGACCUCGUCUAUCAGGUGCAAUAUCCCAUGUUGUACAGACUUAAGACUUGAUAUUCCAAAGAUCCUAACGUAGAGUGGAACCAGUAUUCAGCAGUUAGCACUUGAGCUGACCAUGACAGAGGUGUGUUUGUGUGUGUAUUUAUUGUAUUUAUGUUUAUAGUCCGCCAUCGUCGGUUUACCGCCAUUUUGUGCGAGAGCUGAGAAAUGAAAAGUAACAUUCCCGCAGUCCGAGACGGAGUCGCUUAAGAGAUUUUUUGUGAACCGUCUCUUCAUCGAGGUCGGUGAAUAUUUGUGAUUGAAAAAGUCACUUCUGUAUUAAUUAUUGUUUAAAGAAAUUUUAGAGCAUAUCUAUGUUCUUUUUUGUUAUUCCCGUUUGUUUUGUUGUGUUGUAAUUCAACAAUAGUUUUUAUAUUUAUGUUAGAAGACUCGGAAGUAGGCUCCAGACUAUUAGUGGUGUGUGUGAGUGAGCGAGUGAGUGAGUGUCGGCUUACAAGGCCAUUUUGUUUCCAAAGCCAAACGAAAGCUGUGACAGGGACGCUGAUUUUGUUCGCAGGCUUUCCAACUUUGUUUUAAUUUUGUUUUUUAAGAAACAAAUGUAGUUUUGUCCAGUUUGUACUGAUCCUAAUAAAGAUCUGUAUCUUGGAUA